GAGGGGGCCGGCCGGAUGCGCACCCCCAGAGCCGGCGGGGCCGCAGCGGCGGUGCGGUGGUGCGAUGGUGCGCGGUGCCGCGCGGUGCGGGGGGCGUGCCGCGGCGGGGGCGGCCCCGCUCCUCCCCCGGCGGCCGCGGCGGCGGCUUUAGGCGGCGGGGCGGCCGGGCCGGGCCGUGCUGGGAUGCCGUCGGGGGCCGCGGUGCUGGCGCUGGCCGCGUUGCUUUGCGCCGUUCCGCCGCGCGGUCCCCGCGGGGCGGCGGCGGCGGCAGCGGCGUGGACGGCCUGGCUGAACGUGUCGUGGGAGAACGGCGCGGACCGCAACCGGAGCGGCUGGGAGGCGGGCGAGAGCGGCCUGUACGGGCUGGACUCGCCGCUGCAGUCGGCCGAGGGGCUGCUGGUGCUGCCCGACAGCCCCGACGCCUUCAAUGCCUGCAGCACGCUCACCAACUUCAGCGGGGCCCCGGCGGCCGGUGGUUCCCCGGGCUGGCUCGCCCUCAUCCAGCGCGGCGGCGGCUGCUCCUUCGCCGACAAGAUCCGCCUGGCCGCCGAGCGCGGCGCCGCCGCCGCCGUCAUCUACAACUACCGCGGCACCGGCAACGAGGUGCUGCCCAUGUCCCACCACGGUGCUGAAAAGAUCGUUGCAAUUAUGAUCGGCAACCUGAAAGGCAUGGAAAUCCUGCGGCGGAUUCAGAGCGGCAUGAAAGUCACCAUGGUCAUCGAAGUGGGCAAAAAGCGCAGUCUGUCCAUGAAUAUCUUCACCAUCCUCUUCAUCUCCGUGUCAUUUUUUGUUGUGGCAGCAGCAACUUUGGGCUGCUAUGUCUCUUACUCUGCUCGGAGACUCAUUGUUGCAAGGGCCCAGUCCAGGGAGCAGCGGCGGCUGAGGGCCAGGGCGAAGAAGGCCAUUGAGCAGAUGCAGCUGCGCACCCUGAAGGAAGGGGACAAGGAAACUGGUCCAGAUGGAGAUUCCUGUGUUGUGUGCUUUGAGCAGUACAAGCCGAAUGAUGUAAUGCGUGUUCUGACUUGCAACCAUGUCUUCCACAAGACCUGUAUUGACCCCUGGCUUCUGGAGCAYGGGACGUGUCCUCUGUGCAAAUGUGACAUCCUCAAAGUGUUGGGAGUUGAGAUGGAUGUAGAACCACGGUCUGAGCCUGUGCAAGCCCCAGGAUCCAGUGGCCAGAGACCUCUAUCCACUGUCACAAUAGUCAAUGAAGAGGACAAUCUUAGUGAAACAGCAUCAUCUGGAUACGAUUCUGUACAGGGACCAGAUGAAUCUGCUCAGGAGGCACACGCACCAUCAGCACCAUCAGCACCAUCAGCACCACCAGCACCAUCAGAAAAUGACAACACACAUCCUGUAAGUGAAGAAUCCCAGCCCACCACGAUGACUGUCCUUUCACAAGGUGACAACCCAGGUUUUGAGGGAGAUGAAACAGAAGUCUCUGAAGGCAGGACCGUUUGUGAAGUCACACUCUAAGAACGUGCCCAGCCACAUGGUGCAAGCCUUCUGCAAGGAGCUGCCUACUGCCAUUCCGUAUAAACCAAAAAAUGCAAGACUGCUGCAGAAAAUACUGCAUUGGCAAUAUUCAUAUAAACAGACUUGUCCAAAUCAUAAUUGUAUGGUUUGCCUUUCUUAAAACUGUUUUUCCCACAGGAGUUUUAACAUUCUCCMGAUAAAGCUGUCUUAAAUACAAAGAAAACCAGCAGAUUUUAACACUAAAACAGAAGUUCCAUCUUCAGCAAAGCUUCUCUACAAUGUUUCAGUUGUKUAAAUGAGAAGAUUUUUUACAUCAUWUUUGUCUCUACUGGGAAUCGUUUUGAGUUGGGUUUUUUGGUUGUUUAUUGUUUUCAUUCAAGUGGAUUUUCAUUGUAAACAAAUUUAUUUUGAUCUGUUCUAAUACUUAYUUACGAGACACAGUUUUGUUUAAAGCAAGGGUAUUUAAUGUUUCAGUGCACUAAUUUGAUAGGAGGAAGUGCAAACUAAUGCUUGUCAAAACUGGAUUUUGUCCACAGUGUCCUUGGUUCUCUAGUAACCRACUGAUUCUCUACCUCUCAACUCCAACCUGCCAACCACACAUUCCUAAAGGGGGAAAAAAGAGAGCUGCCACUGACAGGCCAAAUCUGACUUGCACAGUACUGUAAAGGGAACAACUGCAGGAACUUUUCAAACCUUGUYAAUCUGAAAGAUCCUCAAGUGAUUUGGGGAAUUAUAACCGUGUCUAGCACCAGCAAUAUGCCAGAGUCCUGGUUUUGUGGGAGUCUGGGAUGACUUCAGGGAAGACUCAGCUGAAGAUGAAAAUGAGAGAUUCUUACAAAAGGAUCUGCUGUGUUUUGUUCAGAAAAUGAUCCAGCCUCUGAAAAAUGUGGGACUGUUGCUGUACAUUGUCUUGUUUGAGUGCACGAGCUGCAGGGAGAGCUGAUGUCCUGUGAGUGUAACAGAGGGUUGGAGAAACURUCUGUCCUCUGUGGGGUUGAGAUGGGGUCAAGAAGGAACACUGGGUGCCUCAAUYGUAAGUGACUUGGCCUUGUCCAGCAAAGGUAACUAAGGACAUCUUAUAAAUGCACUUUAUUUUUUUACCUCUGCGUCUCUGACUAGUUUCUAAUGUUUAGUAGGACUUUGUCUGAAAGCACGCAAUAAAUAACUUAAGAAUCUGGGGGGGRAACCAAUGCAUUUUCUUAGCUAUAGUACAAAUGAAAUGGUUGUAAAUAUUUCAUAAUUUGUAUUGAAUUUGAAUAUGUAAAUGUAAAUAAAACUCUAUUUUUGAUGAUCCUGACUGACACAAAAUAUUACCAGCUCUCACAGAAGCAGACGCUGAAUUUGCCCUGUCCUGCAACCUUGAAACUCAUUCUGCUUUGGGAGGCAAAAAAGCAACAGUGUUCGCUCAAAGUAAUUGGAAUAAGGAGUGCUAAUUAUGUGCAGGAUGCUACUGUUAUGCUAAUUUUUAGAAAUACUUAGAAUUUUUAUAUUUAAUGUGACCURCUGCUAAAGGAACAGAUGCAGGGUAAGUACCUGUGCAGUAUUUGAGCUACUGCUAGGCAGAACUUAAAGGUUUUCUGKUUUUGCUGCUUAACUUGAAAGUCUGCCAUCUUCUUAUCUGUGCAGAUUUGUUUGUAACCAGUAGCUGUGCAAGGGAUUUGGUUURAAAAUGAAAGUGUAAAUUUCAUGAACACCAUCUGUGAUACUAAACUUGGGUCUGUUGUUGUCAGACUGCCUUAAAGAAAUUUCCAAGUYCCACUCCCACUUUGUGUAUUUCCAAGUUUCCAUGGAUAACAGAUGUCUUUAACCAACCCUACUUGGGGGACUGAACAGCAGAAUUUUCACUUGUUUUUGGUGAUGCCACAGGCUCGAAUGUCUCUGGGUCACAUCUACAUGUGUGUGUGUAUAUAUAAAUGGUGUGUGUGCUGUGGCAUGACAGACUUUCCUGUAAGCAUGGAGGCCAACAGGAAUGUGCCUGGGGAUAGGGUUGUUCCUGAAAAGCAGUAAAAWCCUGCUGUUAUUGUGCAAUAGUUUGGGGGUUUUCUAUAGAUACACUAAUGCUCAUGUGUGAGAUAACAGAAAUGAGGAGGCCACAAAUGGUGCAGCUGCUAAAAUGUCUGCAUUAUUGACUGUUGAUAUUCCUGUUGAGUCACACAGACAUGUCAAUUCUUCUGUCCCAAAGAGCAAACUGAACAGGCUCCAGCAUCACGGCCCAGUGUUUACUCACUCCCUCAGGGAAAGGGAGGGAGUCACCCUUCUCCCUCAGGAACACUCUGAUCUAGACACUUCAGUCAAAUACUUGUGUGCUCUUGAAGAGGGACUGGGAAAGUUUUUUUAUUCCUGCAGGAGCGGAAGCCUUGUUGCCUGGUGCUGGAUUACUGUGCUCUCUUGUAAAUCAGGCUUUACAAUAGCAGGACCUCAUUUUAAAUUCCAAAUCAAAAUAUUACCAUUUUCUCAUCUUGAGGAAAAUUUUCAGGUGUCCCUAUAUUAAUGUAAUUUCAGCUGAGAAUUUUGUUUAAAGGAAAAAGCAAGACUUGUGACGAGGGACUGGAAAUACAUAAAGGCAGUUUGAAUCACAAGGGCAGUUGGACUCCUGCCAUCAAAUGGAGAGACUUAGUCCAUCUUCUCUUUAGAGGGAAAAUUCUGCACUUCUCAAGUGACCUAACAGUUGGACAUAAUAAACACAGACACCUACCUUGCCUGUGUGAUUUAAUGUAAUUUCUUUCCAUGUUUAACACACCARCACAGAAGGUAGCCCUGCCUUUUCACUCAGGUUUAGACUGAUGCCUUUUCUGUGCAGAUUUGAAUGGGGCUCCUCUCUUGAAGGGGUGUAAUAUCUGCAGUUUGGAAGAGAUCAAAGAAAACCUACUGGCUUCAGCAAUUAAUUUUGGUUUCAAGAGAAAAUUGAAAUCAAAUUGUAGCAUUCAUGCCCUGUGAAUUAAAAAUUACAUAAUACUCCUAAAGCAAAUCUGCACUGGUUGUUCAACUGUUGGUUAUACAGAGUGAAGCCAAAAUUUAUUUAUAUAGCUAUUUAUGUAAUAUUGCUGUGGUUAUUUGAGGGAAGUAAUUUACAAUUUCUAGGAUAAGUCUUGAAUAAGUGAAAGAAAAAUCCUGCUGCACUAAAUGGAUCUGUUGCUGUAGAAUGCAUUGAUUACACUGUAGCAUGAUUGUGCACUGAUUAAGAAGGUUUUGAAGUGGCUAUAAAUAAAUUUCUCCAAGCUGAUAGAGGAGCACUCUUUGCAUCUUAAUACUCUUUGAUUAAGAAUCCAGUGCCUGAGGGAAAUAGAAAAAAAAAAGACAUUCAAGACCUUGAAAUAAGGAGAGAAAAACAAAACAUUUUCCAAGCAGUAGCAUUUUACUGUUAAAUAUUUAUCCAAUUAACAAAGUUUGAAUGUUACAUAAG